AUGUCCGAGGAUAAACAGACUGUCGUUAUCGCCGGUGCCGGUGAUCUCGCGCAGUAUCUCGCCGAGGAGUUCAAAGUCGACAACACGCACGAUGUGCUUCUCAUAUCCCGAAAGGAACGCGAAUUCUUCACCAAAUUAGGUGUCACUACUCAUGAAAUAAAUGAGUACUCUGCCGACAGCGUCUUGGCUGUUCUUGAAAAAGUGAACGCCACCGUGCUCAUUUCGACCCUGCACACCGACGAUCCGGCGCUCUACACGUCAUUGCACAAGGCACUGCUACUGGCCUGCAAGGCUUCCAAGACAUGCAAGCGGUUUAUACCCAGCGAGUUCUUAGGAAAUUUGCGCAAGUUUGACAACAUCCCACGCGGAAUCGCUCGCGCGCGGAGAGCUUUCCGCUCGAAGUUACUGAACGAGUCUGAGAUCAAGUGGACUCUUGUUAACCUUGGAUGGCUAGCGGAUUACUUUGUUCAGCAGCCUGAUGGAUCAAGAAGCUACAUUAGCCCCUUCCCUCAAGGAUGGCCGAUCAACAUGGAGGAAGGAACCGUUCGAGUGAUCGGUACUGGGGAUGAACCGGUGUGCUGGACAGCGGCACGAGAUGUAGCGAAGGCAGUUGUGAAGCUCGUAUCUCACGACGAGUGGCCUGAUCAUGUCUAUGUAUUCGGAGAGAUCGGAUCAUGGAACCAAGCAAUCGAGAAGGUCGAGCGCUACUAUGGAGUUACAUUAACUCGAACACACGUCACCCAAGACGACAUAUCCCGAGACUUGGCUAAUGAGUCAGUGGUCGAAAAGUGGUACAGGGCUACCAUUGACGAGUGGUCACUAGCUGGUGCAACUGCUGUGCCUCUGGAAGAAGCACUUCAUCAGCGCGAGAGAUACUUUGGGGAGGUCAAGUUCAGAGAUAUCAACGAACUAUUACGUAGCUCGGAACGUAUGCAGAUCAUUUGA